AUGCCGACAGAUUCCACGAUGGAGACCUCUUCUUCGCCCCAGAACGACCAUCACGCUGACUCAUCCGGCCAACGUCCGAAGCGUCGCAAGAUUGCAGUCGCCUGUGAUGAAUGUCGCGGGCGAAAGGUCCGCUGUGACGGCGUCCAGCCCGUCUGUGGACAGUGCGCGAAGAGAGCAGACCAUGGGGUACAUUGUCAUUACAGCGGGGAGGGUGAGAAGAAACGGGCAGCGCAAAGUUAUAUCGCCAACUUGGAGAACCGCCUUAAGAAUCUGGAGGGCCCAGGCUAUGUCCCUGGUCUAGUGGAACUCACAGAGCUUCGGAAAUCGGGCCAUGCAUCUCAGAUGACCCCAUCGAACAGGCAACCAUCCUCUACCGGGUCGCCAGGCUCUUUGUCGUAUUCACAGUUAUCACCAGUGCGCCAUCAACCACCACAUAGGCCUAGUAUAUCCCUGGGGGGUAACCCGGGACGUUCCCCAGCAUGUACUGUCUGCCAGGAUUCACCAGGAGGAAAUCCAAACUGCACUCACAAGGGAGAGCCGCACUCAGCCCAGCGAGCAUCGAAAUUAACUGAAGCUAGCACCGAUGGCGUUAUUGCUAUGAUGGGUGCGAUGGAAGAAGAGCGCCCAUCCCAAGGAUUCUUCGGCAGCUCGAGCGCGGCAAGCUUUAUGCGCCAAAUAAAGACUGCAGUGGAUAAGCGCGUAUCGUCUCCGGGUCAACGUCCAUCUGAGUCCAUCUUGGGAUUUCGUCCGCCCUCUAGCCUGAGAUCGAAUCAGAAAGAACGGCAGAGUGCCAUUCACGACUAUGUGCUGCCGCCUCGGAAGACGGCAGAUAACCUGAUGAAUGUGUACUGGCACUAUGUUUUCCCAUUGUACCCCCUUGUUGACAGCAUACAUCUUCGCGAAGAGUACUCUCGGAUAUGGACCGGGGAUGCGGUGCAAUCUGAUGAGAAUAUGCUAAUGUGCACAUUCAAUGUUAUCUUUGCGCUCUCCUGCCAGCUUGCUGAUUUCCUCGUCCCAGAAGAGCGUGAAGCUUCGGCAGCAGCGUUCUUUUCCCGCGCUAAGGACUUGUUACAUUUCAAUCUAUGGGACUCUGGAUCUGCUGGUCUGAUCCAGUGCCUACUCCUAAUGGCGCAGUAUUUACAGAGUACGGAUUCGGCCCAUCAGUGCUGGAUUGUCACUGGCUUGGCUGUCCGCAAUGCACAGAGUAUGGGCCUUCAUCUGCCGGAGACAAUUGCGCGUCUCCAGAGCCCGCAGGAGCAACAGCUGGCACGGAAGAUUUGGCACGGUUGCGUUCUCAUGGAUCGAGUUAUAUCGAUGACCUUUGGGCGCCCCGCUAUGAUUUCGAAAGCAUCAUGCGGAUCAGUUCCAUUACCUGCAACCAUAGACGAAGAGUAUAUCGCAUCAGCCUCGGGUCCUGAGGUAGCCCAACCCGCUGACCAGCCAUCAAUAAUGGCAUUCUACGCCAAGUCUCUAGAGCUUUACGAAAUCCUAAACGACAUCCUGCUCAGUCUCUACAAACCUGUCCCGGAAGAGAGCCCGGACGACAUUUACGAUUUCUACUUUAGCCGUGAUACCAACGAGGACGAGGUGACGAUUUUCGAACUUGAUCGCGCCCUUACGAAGUGGACGCGGAGUCUGCCUCCCCAUCUGCGCGGGGAGCCCGAUUCAGGGCCUAACAAUAUGAUCUUCUACCGCCAAACUGUCGUGUUACGAGCAAGGUUCUUGCACGUCCGGAUGCUGCUUUUCCGGCCGAUAUUAUCCAAGUACUGCACGUCCCGCGACAUGGGCUCUGACCCGCUGAUAUCGCUCGCCGAUUCGUUUCCACAACGCGUUGCCCUGCAAUGCUCGAUUAUAUGCGUCAAGGUCGCCCGAGAGAUAAUCGAGCUGCUGUACGGAAAUAUACCAACCGACGGAACCUCCGGGCCACUUCCAGCGUGGUGGUAUAAUAUCCUUUACGUAUACACCGCCGCAACCGUCAUAAUUGCCAGUCGCCUAUGUCCCUCUAUCCUAGAAGAAGUCACCGAAGACGCCAUAACAAGGUCCUGGAACUGCGCACUAGAGAUUCUCAGGAAAUACCAGAGCUACAGUACCUCUGCGCGACGAUGUGUUGCAGCACUAGAGAUUCUCUAUGAACGGACAGUCGCCGACUCGACUGAUGAUCGCCCACAACAUCAAAACGCCUUUCCUAUGCCUAAUACCAUAGGGGAUAUGUCGUUGGGAGAGGGGAUAAACGCUGGUCUGCUUGAUGGGUUUGACUUGCCGGACUUUCAGGAUAUGUCCUGGCUCAAUAGUGUCCCGAGUCAUCUAUAUUGA